CGGGAAAGUGGAAUGAGUUUAUAAUAUCAAAACAAGAUCAGAUUAUGCCGCAAAGAUACUUAUAAUAGCUAACAAAGUACAAAUUAUUAUAGUUUGCUUCUGUAUGUAAAGGCUGCUUCUAUAUUCAUGGAACUUGCGUAAUAAAUAUUCACAAUGGAGAUAAGGCAAAGAAGAAGGAGGAAGUGUGGCUCACAGCAAGUGCCGUUGAUCGUGGCUUUGAUUCUGUUAGCUGGGACUUCUGCUUUGUUUUUUGUGUUUGUAUGUCCAUACCUUGUGAGUGAAUAUCACUUUUCAAUUGCAAUUGUAAAUGGUGUGUUAACAUUUCUGGUGCAUGUAAUGUUUUUUCGAGCUACGUUUACAGAUCCUGGUGUUUAUCCUCGAGCACCAGAAAGUGACGAAGAUGAAAAUGAUCUGCGACAACCACUUUAUAAAAAUGCUGAAAUUAGUGGUAUUACUGUUAAAAUGAAAUGGUGCGAAACCUGUAGAUUCUAUCGACCACCUAGAUGUUCUCACUGCAGUGUUUGUAAUAAUUGCGUAGAGGUAUUUGAUCAUCAUUGCCCAUGGGUGGAUAAUUGCAUUGGCAAACAAAACUAUCGAUAUUUCUUUUUUUUUAUAUUUUUACUUUCAAUUCAUAUUUUGUUUGUCAUCUCACAAACAGUUGUAUUUGUUAUGAAGCAUAGUGGUAAACCAAUCAACAAGAUUAUUCCACCUAUAAUUAUUUUAAUAAUAUCUGCAUUAGCACUGUUUCCAGUUGUUGGAUUAACCUUAUUUCACAUGGGAUUAGUUGCACUAGGCAGAACAACAAAUGAACAGGUUACUGGUAAAUUUGGUAGCGGGCAUAAUCCGUUCGAUUUAGGAUGCCGCCGUAAUUGCUGUAGUAUAUUAUUUGGUCCUUUGCCACCAAAAUAUCUUGGUUAUAAAAUGCCAAAGAAAAAGAAAAGCAAGGAAUCGAAACCAUUCGAAGUACAAAAUAGUGCAGAACCUUUGCACAUGCAACAUAUUCAAAUAGAAUUAGAACCUGUAGCAGAAAGAAAUCCAAAAUCAAUUGUGAAAGGUGGUGGAUGGACUGGUAUACAAACUACUGACAAUUCAUCUUCAUCAAGCACAAGGAGUAACAAAAUUAUAACUGCUUAUGAAGUUACUGUGUAAUACAAUGUUCAAAACCUCCUUUAAAAAUAAGUGUCAAAAUUCCACGUUAAAGAGAGUAUGAUGUUCGAAAGCUUUCCACACUCUUUCUCAAGAUCAUAACCCAAGACCUGAUUGGUAUUAUAGUGUGUUGUACCAUGUACAAGAUGAUAUAAAGAUAAUGUAAACGCAUGCUACAAAAGCUUGUUCAGCUGCAAGACAGUUUCAAGGUGUUGGUUAUAAUAUUUUACUGAUAUAAAACUUAUAAGGACGACUUAAAAAGUGUUCAUUUCAAUUGUUUUAAUUUUUUUUAAAUACUCUUUUGUGUUUACUGAAUUUUUUUUGUCAUUAUAGUUAUAUAUUUUAUUAUUUUUAAUUUUUUUUAUAACUUGCCUCUUCCAAGCUAAUAGGUAAUUUACUAUAGGUCAAACAUAAAGACACUUUUCAGCCCUUGUCCAUCUUUUCAGUUUUCUUAAAUUAAAAAAAUCUGUGUUGGUUAACUAUUGAUAAUCUUGCGAAUACUGGUUCACAGUGCGUUGGAAUUUGCUUUUUUCGUGUUUUGUGUACAUACUUUAUAACUGUAACUGCUAACUGUAUUUUGUGUUAAUUUUUUCCUCGUGUAAGGAUGUUAUCUUUUUUCUAUACACCCUCGAUGUUUUUGAUAAAAUAACAAAGAAAUAUUAGUUAAGAAAUAUGAACACUUAUAAAGAAAAUGUGUAGGAGUUUUUUCUUCUUAAGUCUGCCUAUUGUUCAAAAUUUAAAUUAUAAUUAUAGACUUUUUUAUGAGAUUAAAAUAUUGUGAUAUUGAUCUGUUAUUUUUUCCUGCAAAAUGGUAUUUAUUUAUUUUUUCCUCUUGCUGUCUGUCGUGUGUUUUUCUUCCAAUUUUUUUAAUCUUUUUUAAAAAAAAGAAACAUACGCUCUUACGUAUGCUUAAAGUAAUAGAUAUAACCUCCUAUGCUAUCAAGAAUUCUCUUAACGACUAGAUUUUUGUGUUUUCUGUGAGAAAUACCUUGUUUAGUGUCAAGAGGGAAAUAUUGAUAUAGACCAAUUCGAGUACCACCAUAGUUUCACUUAAAACGAGAGAAAUCAGUACAUUAGGUAUGCAGAAUUUUCAAUGCAGCUGGACAUUAGAUAGUUCUAUGGGCGUAAACUGGCAUUGUGACCAACUCAAGCUUGUUACCAUGUAAAGUAAGGGCGAAAUUUCGUGGGUAGCUUAGAAAAGUUGUAUAUCUGUUUUUAUAAGUAACUAAAAUAAAAAAAAAGUUAAGGUUUUAGAUUUAUAAAUAAGUAUCAUAGAUUGUUGUAAUUAUGAAUGCUAAGUUUUUUGUUUUUUUAAUUGUUCAAGUUAAAAUGAAUUUUAUUUUACAAAAAAAAACUGUUACAUAC